CUGGGAGCUUCCGCACGGUGACACGCACCAUGAAAUCCGGAAGGAAAACCGAUCACAUGGAGAGAACGGCAAAUGUCGUUCGACAGGAGAUCCUAGGGCACCAUUUAAUAGAGCCUUGAAAGUUUCAAAAACUCGAUGAGAAAACUUGCCAGCCAAUGCCAGAAGCUAUUCAUUUGCCUACUGCUUUUGACCAGAAAGCAAAAGUGGAUUUGGAAGGAAUAAUGUUCUCUACUCCCUCCAAAGCAGCCAGGACGUAAGGGCUUGGGGAAGGAAGGAAGGAUGGAUGGAGAGGUCGUUUCUCCAGCCAGAAUAUGUGGGACUUCCAACGAGUCCACCAAAGUUAAAAGGCUCCAGUUGCUUGUGGCCAAUAAGGAUUUUACUUUUAAACCUGGCCAGUGGGUCGAUUUCUUUAUUCCUGGAGUCUCCAAAGUUGGUGGGUUCUCAAUUUGUUCAAGCCCCAGCUUGCUGGAACAAGAAAGGAUAAUAGAAUUGGCCGUGAAAUAUACUGACCAUCCUCCCGCUCUGUGGGUUCACACCCAGUGUACCCUUGACUCUGAAGUGGCUUUGAGAGUGGGCGGAGAGUUCUUCUUUGAUCCUCAACCGGCGGACUCCCCCGUAAACCUCGUAUUGAUAGCUGGGGGUGUAGGGGUGAACCCUCUGCUUUCCAUACUGCUACAUGUAGCUGAUCUCCAUAGACACCGAGAGUGCAAAGGAAGCGGGUAUGAGAUGGGGUCGGCAAAGCUGUACUACAGUGCAAAAGACGCGGAUGAGCUGCUAUUUAAGAAAAAUAUCCUCAAUUUGACAAAUGAGUUUCCUGGGAAGAUUGCAUGCAGUCUCCAUGUCACACAGCAGUCUGCCCAAAUUAGUGAAGACCUCCAGCCGUACAUCACCCGGGGAAGGAUAUCUGCAAAGGAAGUAGGCAAGCACGUGGCUGAAGACACUAGGUUUUACAUCUGUGGCCCCCCACCGAUGAUAGAGCAUUUCUCCAAGCAACUAGAAAACCAUCAUGUUCCCAAGGAGCACAUUCAUUUUGAGAAAUGGUGGUAGCGGCAGCAGGUUCAAAGAAGAAAAGGAUUGAAGUUGACUCCGGACAGCCCUCAAUCCGCAUUAUCUCUGGUAAGAAGGCUGGCGAUUACCGUUCGAGUCUUCUUGAACAGCACUGAACUAAGUGAUGGGUUGAUGGAUGAGAAACCUAUUCCUGAAUGGUUUGGAUGAUGACAAGUAUUAGCUCAGACUUUAUGCAAUUUCAUGAUUUUUCUAAUGCCCGCGAGACUUUCUUCAUUCAUAAUUCCUCACGUAUAGGGCACCUGGGUGGGUCAUUAUAGAUAACCUGCUUGGGGGCAUGUGCGGAGAGCCACUCGUGUUGAAAGUUCUGAACUCUCGGGUUUUUGUGUGUGAAAUGCAGACCGUAAGUAAGUUAUACCUGAUAGCCAGCCAGUAGAAUUUAUGUGAAAUAAAAUGACAUUUUAACCUGACGUCUUUUUAACAGUGUGGUAGAGGUUGAUUUUACACUUCAAUCCUUUCAGGCCUACUGCUCCUUCAGUGUCUGGGGGAUUAACUUUAGUUAUGAUCUUGUGCUAAUGAGCCAGGCAACGUCAGCUUCGGAAAGGGGAAAUUAUUAGGCGAAAAUGUUGGCAGUUCAGCAAUUGGCACACUUUAUUUCUCAGAAAUAAACCUCCCCCUAAUCUCUACGGCCGGAGUAGCCAUGCCGACCACAGCGGGACGUGGCUUUUUGUGGUGACAGGUAGCUCCUGCUCCCACGGUCCACGACUCUCCUGCAGCCGCCCAUCAUAUUGCUCCUCCAGAUGUGACCAGUGCCUGGCUGGCAGGCCAGUUCUCGCUGAAUCCGCGAGCCAUUUUGCCCUCAGUCGUCAGCCAAGGCUGUGAUCUGAUGGGCGGGUGGCUGCUGCUUGCCCCCGCCCAAUCGCCCCAUUCCCCGCCCUGCCAGUUGGCAGCUGUGUGACUUUGGGCAAGUCACUUAACUUCUCUGUGCCGCAG